AUGGAGGAAAAUCCAACCCCAGAAAAUGGAAGCCGAAGUUUCCCCAAACCUCUCCCGACACCGAAAAUCGAAGCCCAAGUUUCCCCAAACCUUCUCCCGACACCGAAAAUCGAAGCGGACGCCGUUCUGCCGUUUGCUGCCGUUUUCCAGUUGAACCCAGCCGACAACCAUUGUCUCGUCUGUCACGGCGAACCCUGCAUCGCUUCCUCCGCCGUAGAAAUGGUUAAAGCUGGAGAAUCACUCAAGGUUCAACCUGAGCUCGGCAAAGUGAUUCAUAUUUCACAGGCAGCACUAGGGGAGGUGAAAGAUGUGAAAGGAGCCAAACGUAUUCCCAUUCGUAUGAAGAUUGAUACAAACAAGUAUGUUAUAGGAACUCUUUCAGCAGAGGAUAGACCUCAGGUGAUGUUUGACUUGGUAUUUGAGAGAGAGUUUGAGCUCUCACAUGACUGGAAAAAUGGGAGUGUCUACUGUAUUGGCUACAUCGCUGAUGAUCAAAUUCAAGAAGUGGUUGUUGAAAUUGAGAUGCAGUUAAACAAGAAAGAUGUUGAGGAGGUAAAUAGGCGAACUGGAGGAAAUGCUGGGGCUGAUAAGCACACUAAUAUUGCUACUGCAUUGUUGGGUGAGAUUAAGGAAAGGUCUAUGGAUUCUUACGCCAAAAUGGAAAGUGAAAUGAUGAUCAGAGGUGGAAUUGAUAAGAAUGAGCUUCUUAGCAUGCUCAGGGGGAAAGGAGAUAAAAUGGAUAAAUUGAGGUUCGCUAUAAUGCAUCUCAUAUCAACUGAAAGCCUCUAUCCUUCAGAAGUUGAAAUGGUUGAAGUUGCACCGAGGGAGUCCGAUGUUGAUGCUAGUGCAUUUCAGAAAGAAAUGGAUCAGAUCAAGGGCCUGUGGAUCCUGAAAGAUGAUGAGUUGUUGCAGAGGUUGGUGGAUAAGCAUGGACCUAGAAAUCGAUCUUUAAUUAGCAAUGUUUCUUAG